AGUUGUUCUGCUCUCUCUACCUCAAUCGCCGCUGCGAUUGAGGGAUUUUGUGUUGGUCCAAUCAUGGAAAAGAUCAUCAACACUUGCUCUGAUUACCAUGAGGAUUACAGUAAAGAUUAGCUUAAAGAUCAAUUCAGAUGGCAGACAGGCAUGAAGGAGGAACUUGAAAGGCUGCGAGAGAACCACCCCAAGAUGCAAGCUGUCGUCUUUGUUGCUAACCAAGCACAAAUCAGCGAUCCAGCUCUCAACAAAUGGAUAUGGCAGCUGCGAGAUGCUAUUGAUGAGGCAGAUGAUGUGCUCGAUGAGUUGGAGUACAUGAAGCUUAAACAACAGCUCCCCAAAAACACGGAUGAAACAAAGAAAAGAAAGUUCACGAGCUUUCUAUUUGAAAGUGCCCGUAAAAUUCUCAAAGUUGGCGAACGUGUUCUCAAAAUUGAUCCCAACUUGAAGCGACUGGAGAAGGCUGUGCAGAAACUUGAUAAAGUUUCGGCUGAUGUUACUAAUUUCCUUCAUCUUUUAGACAGCGCGAAGCAGGAACAGAAGGAGCAGGAGGUUGAUUUCUACAAAACACGUGAAACUGGAUCUUUGCCUAAAAAUGAUCUCAUUGGGCGGGACAAGGAUAAGGAGCUUGUUAUGGAGUGGCUUAGGAAGCCAUCAAAUGAGCAUCGGGGAACUGAUUUGCACAGAAACAUUUCUCUUCUAUCUAUAGUGGGGCAUGGUGGUAUGGGAAAGACAAACUCUCUUGCAACAUGUCUAUGAAGAUGAAAUGACAAAGGAAUUUUUUGAUCUUAAAAUGUGGGUUUGUGCUUCCAACAACUUUGAUGUGAAAAAAGUCAUUGCUGAUAUGUUAUCAACUCUUAAGAAGGAGAGGCCUCGUUUGGACGACACACUUGAUGCACUUCAAAUUAGUUUUCGGACUGAGAUUAUGUCCAAGAAGUUCUUACUUAUUCUGGAUGACAUUUGGGAGGAGGAGGAGGAGAACCGCGAUAUCAGCAAAUGGGAGGAUGUGCUCGCUCCUCUAGCUUAUGGGAAAUUUGGUAGCAGGAUUUUGGUGACAACUCGAAUGGACUCAGUUGCAAUGAAGAUUGCAAAGAUCAUUAAA